AUGGAGCCCCGGCUCCUCCUCGGGGCGCUGCUGUGCGCCUGGCUCUCGCCGGCCCUGUCUCCGUGGGGCGCCCGGGCGCAGCUCCCUGCUGGCGGGGACCUACCGCUCCCCAGCCGAGGCAGCGCCGCGGGACCUCGGAGAGCGGGAGGCUACGCCGUGGAGAUGCAGGCAUCUGAGAUGGCGGUUCCCAAUGCUUCAUCUACUAUGAUAUCCUUAUCUCAAAACAGGAGAUUUCACAGUAUGAAAUGUGGACCAUCUAAUUUGUUGCCUUGUUUUAAUGGUGGUGAGUGUGACUACAGGGAGCUGUGCAACUGCAGUCGAUUUAAUGCAACUGGACCAAGGUGCCAGACAGUGUAUAAUACAGGUGCUGAAAGGGAUCAUAUAUGCAGAACAUGGGGUCAAUACAAUUUUGAAACUUUUGAUGGCCUCUAUUAUUAUUUUUCUGGGAAAUCCACAUAUGCACUUGUGAGACACACUGAGCUGGAUGAGCAGAGCUUUUCCAUACAGGUGAAUAAUGAUCCUGAGUGCCAUUCUUCUCCUUACUUCUGCAAAAGAUCAAUUAGUUUAUUUUUUUCUGGAGAUGAACAGAUAAAGAUGAGCAGUGAAGUUACCUAUAAAGGAUUUCGAGUACAGUUACCUUCUAUUAUUGGAAACUUACACAUCCAGAAGCUAGCUGGAUACUUCCUAGUCAGGCACCAGUAUGCCUUUACUCUGGCUUGGGAUGGUAUGUCUGCAGUGUAUAUCAAAAUGGCACCCGAGUACCUGGGCAAAACACAUGGGCUGUGUGGAAACAAUAAUGCUGUCCUUCAGGAUGAUCUUGAAACUAGUUAUGGAAAACUGACAGAUGAUGUAACAGAGUUCGUAGAGAGCUGGCAGGAAAAUCUUCCACAAGGAACACACAACUGGGAUAAAUCUGUUCUCAGUGAACCACCCUGCCUGACGCAAAGCCAUGAAUCUCUACAGAGGGCAUAUGCUCUGUGUAAUAUCCUGUUACAUCCCCCGUUUGAACAAUGCCAUGAGUAUGUGAGUCCUCUUCCUUUUAUGGCAAGCUGCACCAAUGAUCUUUGCAUGUCAGCAGUUGAUAAUGCAACUUGGUGUCGAGCAUUAACUGAAUAUGCCAGAGCAUGUGCCCAAGCAGGAAAAACACUUCAUGGCUGGCGAAUACACUUCCAGCAGUGUGUGAUUACAUGUCCUGAACCACUGACCUACAAUGAAUGCAUCAACUGUUGCCCUGUUUCAUGUCAUCAGCAAUCACAGUGCAUUGACAGUGAGCUUCCCUGCAUUGAUGGAUGCUACUGUCCAGAUGGUUUAAUUUAUGAAAAUGAAUUGUGUGUCAAACCUAUGGACUGUCCUUGUGACUACCAUGGAAGUUCCUUUGAAAGGGGUUCAGUGGUGUAUGAGGAGUGUAAUAACUGCACUUGUAUGGGAGGAAAGUGGAUUUGUACAAAUCUUACGUGUCCAGCUGAAUGCUCAGUUUCAGGAGACAUUCAUUUCAUGACCUUUGAUGGGCGCAAAUACACUUUCCAAGCUACUUGCCAAUAUAUUCUUGCAAAAAGCCGUAUUUCUGGAGCCUUUACUGUAUCCUUGCAAAAUGCUCCGUGUGGGCAGAACCAGGAUGGAUCAUGUAUCCAAUCAAUCAGCCUUAUUCUUAAGCAGGACCCCAAGAGGCAAGUGACUCUGACUCAUUCAGGAGAUGUUUUGGUGUAUGACCAAUACAAAAUUAACCUGCCUUAUGCAGAUGAGUUAUUUGAAGUACGAAAACUCUCCUCUGUAUUUCUUCAAGUAAAGACACACAUUGGAUUACAGAUACUGUAUGACAGAAAAGGACUGAGGCUUUAUCUUCAAGCUGAUGGACGGUGGAAAGAUGAUACCAUGGGCCUUUGUGGAACCUUCAAUGGAAAUAUGGAGGAUGAUUUUUUAUCUCCAGCUGGAGUAACUGAAAGCACCCCAGAGCUGUUUGGAAAUGCAUGGAAAACCUCAUCAGCAUGCGUUCUUGUGCAUGAUAGUUCACAAAUGGAUCCAUGUGAUGUUCAUCUGCAAGCAGCCUCUUAUGCAGCAGAAGCCUGUAGCAUCCUUACGAAAGAACUUUUUGCUCCAUGCUACCCCUAUUUGAGUCCUGUUGCCUAUUUCGAGCAGUGCAGAAGAGACACUUGCAAAUGUGGACAGACUUGCUUUUGCUCUGCUCUGGCCCAUUAUGCUCAUCAUUGCCGAAGAUUUGGAGUUGUAAUAGAUUUCAGAGGAGGUGUUCCAGACUGUGCUCUUUCAUGUGAAGAUACAAAGGAGUACAGUACUUGUGUAUCAACCUGUGGCAGAACCUGCCAAGCACUGUCUGUGCCAGAGACAUGCAGUGGUGAUUGUGUUGAAGGCUGUGCUUGUCCCUCUGGAACAUAUUUGAAUUCCAAGACUGAACGAUGUGUACAGAGAACUGAAUGCCCCUGUUAUUUUCAAGGAAUUGACUAUCCCCCUGGAGGAAAUAUUAUGACAUCUUUGGGCAAAUGCCAUUGCAGGGAUGGAGUAAUGAAUUGUGAUAACAACAUCAUAGCACACAGCUGCCCUGCUGGACAGAUUUAUAUUAACUGCAGUAAUCCCCAAAUUGAUCCGGUGCUUAGCAGAGAGCGAACUUGUGAGAAUCAGCUACUAAACCUUACUUUCCCAGCACACCUUCCUUGUGUUGCAGGCUGUGUUUGCCCACCUGGCCUUGUUAAACAUGGGGAUAUGUGCUUGGAUGCAGAUGAAUGUCCAUGUUCAUGGAAAGGAAAGGAAUACUUUCCAGGUGACAAAGUAAUUUCUUCCUGUCAUACAUGCAUUUGCCAGCAUGGAUCAUUUCAAUGCUCCUUCCAUCCUUGCCCAUCAAUGUGUACUGCAUAUGGGGAUCGGCAUUACAGAACAUUUGAUGGACUCACAUUUGACUUUGUUGGAACUUGUAAGGUUUACCUGGUUAAGGGUACUUCAAUCAGUUUUUCUGUUGUUAUAGAGAAUAUUAACUGCUUUAAUACAGGAAUCAUAUGCAGAAAAAACCUUUUCAUUGAUGUUGGAAAAUCUUCUUUAAUAUUUGAUGAUGAAACUGGAAAUCCAAGCUUAUCUAGUUACGUAGAUGAACUACAAAAGAUACUGUUCUGGAAAGCUGGAUUUUUCACUGUUAUUCAUUUUCCCACUGAGCACAUCACCAUUCUUUGGGAUCAGAGAACAACAGUUCAUGUACAGAUGGGUCAUCAGUGGCAGGGUAAAUUGACUGGAUUAUGUGGAAAUUUUGAUUUGAAGACAGUAAAUGAAUUGAGGACACCAGAUAAUUUUGAAUUAACAAACUCACAAGAGUUUGGAAACAGUUGGACAGCUGUAGAGUGUGUUGACAGCUCUGACAUUCGAAAUCCAUGCAGUAUGAAUCCUCUUAGAGAGCCAUUUGCCAAGAAGGAAUGUGGAAUAUUGUUAAGUGAAGCAUUUGAAGCUUGCCAUCCAGUGGUUGACGUCACCUGGUUUUACUCAAAUUGCUUGACAGAUACAUGUGGUUGUAACCAAGGAGGUGAUUGUGAGUGUUUCUGUACAAGUGUAUCGGCAUAUGCCCAUCAGUGCUGCCAGCAUGGAGUUGCUGUAGACUGGAGGUCCCCUAGAGUGUGUCCUUAUGAUUGUGAAUAUUUCAACAAAGCUCUGGGCAAAGGCCCAUAUAAAGUGGUCAGCUAUUUGGAUGGAGAAUUUGUAAUGGCAGUGAAACUGGUGGAUGGUGUUGUUUUUUCAGUGAGAAAAGAAGAUAUUGUUCCUGGACAUGCAGUGACCUUUAUGCUCACUUCAGGGCUUUAUAAACCCAAAGCACAUGAUUCCAGCUUGAUUUCAUUUGAAACAGCUGAGAGACCAAAUUAUUUUCUUCAAUUGGUCUCCAAUAAUACUCUCAUUCUUUCCAAAUGGAAAAAAAAUGAAGAGUUUCACAACAGCUCUACAUUUGUCAUUCAUAAGAACACGUGGCUUUCAGGAUACAGUUCCUUUGAGUCAUUUGCAAAACCAGGAUACUUCAUCCACAUCUCAGCCUCUUCAGUUGAGCUUUUGAAGUACCAUCAUUCAGAGGAGUUCAGACUGUCAAUUCUUUUUAAACUUGUGGAUGUCAAAUUUAAAUUUCUGUCCCGUUCUACAUGUGAAUGGCAUUAUGAUGCCUGUACCAGCCCCUGCUUCAAGACAUGUAGGGACCCUUUGGGAAAAAACUGUCAGGGAGUACCUAAAGUGGAAGGAUGCAUCCCUGCCUGUCCUCUCAAUAUGUUACUGGAUGAAAUCACUCAAAGAUGCGUGUAUUUUGAAGACUGCAUUGAACCUGCAGAUGAUGGCCCACCUUUGUCACCUAGCAUUCAAACACCAGCAGUUUCCCACAUAACAUCAAGUACAAGUUUGGCAGUGAUUGGCAAAGUGGUAACUUCGUUUCCUGUACCUGAAGCAGUGGACAUGGAAACAACACUUGCUUCAGAAUUGCAACUCACUGCAACUGUAGGGAAAACUGAAUUUUCACAUGUUACGUCUAAUACAACACUUCCAGCUAUAACUUUAUCAUCAAAUAUUUCUUCACAGUCAACAGAAAGGACAUCUGAGAGAAGCACUAUGCCAGCAUCCAGGACAAUGACAUCUAAUGUAAGCUUAUCUUCUGUUGGCAUUUCUUCGUUGUUUCCAUUUACUGGCAGUUCAGAAACUUCCACAAAGAUGAAACUGAUCAGUGGUGCUUCCACUAAAAUAUUGAGGGCUACAGAACCUCUGACAGUUACUGCUACGCAUGCAGUGACUACAAGCACAGAAGCAGAAACCAAAUCAAUUGCUACUUUUAUUUUUACUGGGACACCACUUAUAGUUAGGACAACAGAAAUACCAAUCAAAACGAAAAUAAUGGAAAUAUCAGAAAUAGACACAAGAACAUUUCCCACAAAAGAAGCUCAAAUAAAACCAGAAGGACUUACAAUGUUUACAACCAGUUCAUCUGAAUUAAUAACAGAAAAAACUACUGCCUAUCUGCCUCAGUUUUCCACAUCACCACCUCUGAGCAUGCCUUCAUAUACAUCAUCAUUAAGCCUAACAGGAACUUCAGAAGGGACAAAAAUGAGCCAAGGACAUUCUUUUACCACAGUAGCUAAUGUUACAGUACCAUCAUUUUCUCCUGCAAUCACUACUUUAUUAAAACCAGUGUCUCCAAAGACGACAAAAUCAGCAAUUGUUUUAAGUGACCAAAGCAUAAAGACUACAUUUUCACCACCAACCCCACCACCUAUUCCAAUUGCAAAGGCAAUUACAGAACCUCCUCUUGAAAUGGUUCAACCCCUGACUGGUACUGCAGAAGUACCUUUCACCACAACUCUAGGUCCAAAUCCAACAAGUCUGCCAGCUCAGGAGAGCUUGUCAGAGACAACUUUGUUAUCAUUUACAACUCAUACAAAGAAAACUCCCAAAACAACGUCUCCCGUGGAGCAUACACCAAGUUCCUAUUUCCUUCUGUAUUCACUGCAUCCUAGUUUAACAGCUGAAAAAGCUAUCCCUCUUUCUACAAAACAGCCUUCAGUGUCUGGUUCUAGUCCUGCUUCUCCAGCUUCAGGUGAAUUUAAAAAAACAUUUAAAACUGUUUCAACUACAGCAUCUCCCUCACACACAUUUCUAAACUCAACAGAGGUUCUGACUACAUCAUAUACUAAAUAUCCUGUUGUGGCUGAGACUAUCAGUGUGACACCUUUGUCUGUUGAGGUAAUGUCCAAAAUAACAUCCCCUUUUGAUUUAGCAGCAAAGCCAACUUUGUUUUCUGGAACCACAUCUACCAAACACAAGUCAGCUCUGGUUUCAAGCACAGUGAAGACAAGUAUGUCAGCAUACUCAGGAAGUGUUAGCACACCAGCAAUGAAAACCACUAGAUCGUCAAAAGAAACCACUACAGUUCCUUUUGUAACUACAGAAAAAGAGUCAGCACAAAAAAAACCUGUCAGUGGAUCUCCAGUUACUCUGCUUAGUGCAACUGAAAACACAUUGUUGACAACACAGCCUGAUAAAUCACAAGUGGAAAGAACUACCUCCAUCUCUACUAGAAAGCCAUCUACUUUCACUUUUUCACCAUCAAGUUCUCUAAUCUCUUUAAAAGUUUCUCUUCCUUCACUGCCUUCAUAUGGAAAAGAAGCAUUACUGACAGCUCUCAGUCCUGUGCAUACAUCCCAUGAUGCCAAAGAAAAAUUAACUCUGUCCCCUUCUGUUGUACUUCCAGUAACAAAGUCUUACACUUUCUCCACCUCCCACCAUAUAGCCGAUAAAUCCAUUUCUGCACCACCUGUAACAGAAAUCACACCAGAAAUAACAGCCCCACCAAAAUACCCAGUAGAAACUAAGAUAUCUUCUACAGCAUUGAAAUCUACAGACCAAAGUAUAACAGAUACGGUAAAAUUUAGAGCAGAUACAGCUCAGCCAUCCUUUCCUGCAUCUUCAGUAGUCCCCUUCUCUUGGCAGACCUCUUUAGGAGAUAAAUUUUCAGUACAGACCACAAAGACCAUGGCUAUACCACGUUUUUCUACUCAGAAGGCGACAGAACUUGAUCAUCAGACUUCUGAGCCUUUGUUGAUAAGCCAAAGCGUUACCCCAAUUUACCCAUAUCCUGCAGAAACUGUAACAAAAUCCACUGGACAGGCACAACAUGUCUUUAGCACAACUGAAGCUACAGCUGAAUUGACUUCUUUUCACCCUCUAGUCACAUCACUACCUGAAGGCAUUUAUUCAAGUAUAUUACCUAUCUCAGUAGGUCCUACUCAAGUUGUUUUACCAAGCGAAAGAGAGUUGCAUUUAACUGAUUCAGUCACACAGCCACACAUACCAAGAACUUCUGUUUUGCAGUCUACGCUGCCAGUUAGAACAACAUCUGACUUGAGAUUUGGUACCAGAAUUCUCCCUUCCUCUUCUUUAGCAACAAUUAAAAAAGAAGCAGUUCCUUUGUUUUCCACACAAAAGGCUGGUACUGGUCUGAAAUUCACACAGCAGGUCUCAUUUACUAAAUCACUUGAUUCAAGUCAGACACUUGAAAGGACUACAGCUUCACCAGGAUCUAUGUCGACCUUUUCAUCAGUUUUGUUACUAGAAAGAACAGAAAGUCCUACUGUGACGGGGACUGGGCAUUCUGUGUCAACAAGCAAAAGCGGUACUGAUAAACCUGUGGUGUUGCCUAAGCAAGUCACACUUUCAAGCACUGCCUACAGUUCCAUGUUAGUAACAAGUACAAUGUUGCCAGCUAUGGCCUAUUCAUCAGCUGCAGCUCCAACCUCUUCAGUGAUAAGCAGCACUGGGCAAAAUGAUACCAUUGUAUCAGCAACAUCAGACAAAGCAGAAGCAGUAACAAAAUCCAUCACAAGCUCUGUGAAGCCCACCCCUUUUUCUGUUACUUCAGAAGCAAAAGGAGCUGUAUCCCUUGAUACAGUGAAAUCUGAAGAGCCAGAAUUGACCACAGAAGUCCAAGCAGUCCAUACUCGGGGUGCUACCGGUACCCCAGAAACACCCCAGACAUUUUACUCUCCAUAUUUCACAAACACAACUGCAGUUCUUUCUAAUAUAAGUGUAUCAGUAGUGUCCACAAUGCAUUCAUCAUCUGAACCAAAACCUUUUUCUUCUAUAGCUACAUCACCAGUUAGUACUAUUCAAACUUCAAAACCUGAAACAUCAUCUGAGGUACAAAUGCCUUCAAGUUCACUGCUAAUGGUAUCUGACCAUCAAAAUGACACAACAGCUCCAUUAGUUUCAUCAUUUGCCUCUUUAUCUACCAAACCACUCUAUGGCUUGACGACAACAUUUUCUGAUGGACUCACAACACGUGAAGCUGUGUCAGGAGUCACAGCGUCAGCUUUUAUGCUACCUAGAGAAACAGCAGCUCUUCAGACUUGUACACCAAUCACAGAAACUGAGUGCAUAAAGCACAUUUGCUUGGACGGACAACUGAUACAAAUUAAUAAGUCGCAGAACUGCCCAUACAACACAACUCGACCCAGCUGUGGAGUUCUAGGAUUUGCUACUCAAACAAAUCAUGACAAAUGCUGUCCAAAGUGGGAAUGUGCAUGUCGUUGCACAAUUUUUUCUGAUCUGAGCAUUAUAACCUAUGAUGGAAAUCAUUUGGCUUUAUUCAAAGAAGCAUCCUACAUUGUUAGUCAAACUCAAGAUGAAACUAUAACCAUCCAUGUCCUUGACUGUAGAAUGAGUGAUUCAAACUCAACAUCUUUGUGUCUGGCAAUGUUGAAUCUAACCUAUGCAUCAAACCAAGUUAUUAUCGAUCGUUUAAGUAGAAAAAUAAUGGUAAAUUCAAAGUCUGCUUGGCCUACUGUUAGAAAAUAUGGAUACAAAGUUGAGGAUUCAGGCUUCAAGUAUGCAGUUGAGACCCCAACAAAAAUCAGAAUUCAGUGGUUUCACAGCACAGGAGUGAUGAUUAUUGAGUUGAACAGUACCAGAGAACCAAGAGCUUUGGGACUAUGUGGUUUUUGUGAUCAAAGCUUGGAAAAUGACCUGAUGCUACCCAACAGGACAGUUUUAAGCAAAACCAAUGCUCCAUCAACUUUUAUAGACAGCUGGCAAGUGCCUGACACAUUGAAGUAUGUUGGAGAAGACAGGAAUCAGGAAACUAAUUGCUCGGUCAUGGACUGCUCAGAGUGCUUAAGAAUGGUGUUGAACCAGACCUUCAGCAGCUGUCAUCCUUAUGUUCCACCUGAGCUAUUCUGUGGUAUGUGGAUUCAAGACACUGAGUACAUUCGAAAUCCAUGCAUUUCUCUGGCUGCCUACGUGGCAAUGUGUAACAAAUUUAAUAUUUGUAUUGAAUGGAGGAGCCCUGAUUACUGUCCCUUCUCCUGCUCUGAAAAUUUCUCCUACCAGGCUUGUAUAGCUGCCUGUGAGGUUCCAGAUAGUUGUCAGAAUAAGGAGAUUGCUGCUCUCGAUUCAGACUCCUGCUCAGUGUUGACAGAAGGCUGCAUCUGUUCUGGAGGGACCAUCCUUCAUCGAGCUCAUACUGCUGUCUGUAUUCCUGAAGAAAAAUGUGCUUGUACAGACAGCUCAGGAGCACCUCAUGCAGUAGGUGAGAUCUGGAAAACUUCUUUGAGUGGAUGCUGUAUGCAAAAAUGUGUUGACAGUGAGACCAUUAUUCCAGUGGAGUACAACUGUUCAGAUACCCACAGUUUAGACUGUCAGCGAUUUGCAGAAGUGGCCCUGCUUGUUCCUGAUGAUCAGACAUGCUGUCCUCAGAAGAUCUGUAUUUGUAACCAGAGCCUUUGUGAUUCCCUAAUCCCUGAGUGUAAUGGCUUGGAAAAGCUGGUCACUUACUACAGAGAAGAAUCCUGUUGUCCGAACUACGUUUGUGAAUGUGAUCCGGCAAAGUGUGAAUCAAUGCAGCAGAUGCCGAGCUGUCAAGACGAUCAGACGCUAAUUGCUGCUCGGGUGGAGAGUACCUGCUGCAUUUCCUAUAUAUGUGCAUGCAGGCCUUGCUCCUAUCAGAUACCCAAAUGUCAAGAAGGAGAAGUUCUUAUUGUGGAUGACAACACUACAGAGAGGUGUUGCCCUACAUACCAGUGCAUUUGUGAAAUACAUCGUUGUCCUGAAUUCAAAUGUAUGCUGGGCAUGUCUUUGGUGGAGGUAUGGAGCCCAGACAACUGCUGCCCCUUUCGGACAUGUGAAUGUGCAUGCGAAACAAUCCCCAAACCUCAGUGCAAACUGGGGCAGAAACUUCAGAUAGAUGAACAAUUUCAGAACAGUACAGAAAAUAUCUGUAACUGUGUAAAGUACAAAUGCGUGAGAGACAAAGUUUGCCUGAGUAACGAGCAAGGUGUGCUGCUUCCUGGACAGACAAUUGUGGAACGCAUCUCAGAUGGCCUUUGUCAUGUUUCUUAUUGUACAGAUGUGAUUGAUCCCUCCACUAAAUACUACCAACUGAACACAUCUUCAAUAGACUGUGCUGUCAAGUGCAAAGCUAACCAAGUCUAUCAGCCUCCAAAAGAUUUGACAACGUGCUGUGGUAGCUGUAAGAACUUGUCUUGUCUCCACACUUUCAGCAAUGGAACAGUUUCCAGUUUUAAGCCUGGUACUGUUUGGAUUUCAAACUGCAUCAGAUAUGAAUGCACUAACACAACAAUAGGACCGGUUCUGGUUUCCUCUUCAGUUGGCUGCCCUCCUUUUAAUGAAACUGAAUGUGUGAAGGUUGGAGGCUAUGUUGUGCCAUUCCUUGAAGGAUGCUGCAAAACAUGUAAGGAAGAUGGAAAAUUCUGUAAAAAGGUGACUGUCAGGAUGACUAUCCGCAAGAAUGACUGCAGGAGUAACACACCAGUGAACAUUGUUUCAUGUGAUGGAAAAUGUCCUUCAGCAAGCAUUUACAACUACAACAUCAACACGUACGCGAGAUUCUGCAAAUGCUGCAGGGAGCUCGGGCUACAGAAACGAACAGUGCCAUUGUAUUGCACCAGUAAUUCAACCUGGGUCAGCUACUCAGUUCAAGAGCCCACAGAUUGUUCUUGCCAGUGGUCUUAG